AUGGCGAAGGUGUGUGAAUGUGUGUCAUGGGAGCGAGCCUCCAAGGUCACAACACAUAUACCCACAAGGCUCUCUGCCGUUUGGCAGUCCCUCGUCUCAGAUUUGGAUGUCAUCAGUGAUGCCUCAGAGAUUCGACGGAAGGAUCUACUUGACAACAAGCUGGACCGAACAAGAGAAGGUCACUUUAGGACACAUCUGGAUGACCCAGGCUACGCUGCCUUCCUCUUUGACAAACUCCAGGGUCUCCAGUGGCCUCACAGGGGGCGACAUGUUCCUAGUGAUACGAGCUGUGAGGCCUGUGGUGCUGCCUUCCACCAGCUGAGACGCCUGGCACUGCGCAAGGCCCUGGGCCUCAUUCAAGACAUGCCCGAUCCACAACACGGAGCCUUUUCUGGGCUACCCCCUCGCCCUGCUGCCCAUAGUGUGGUGUCCCUACCCCCACAGCAUGAAGCCUCCGAUUGGGCCAUGGAAGAACUGCAAGCCAAGCUACCACCAAGGCUGUACGAGGAUCCAAUGAUUGGGGAAAGGUCCAGAUUGGGGGUCCGUGGUUGGGGGGGGAUUCAGAGCACCUAUAUGGGGGGAUCGAAGUCUCCAGGCCUGGCAACCGUGACUCCUAUUCCUAUGCAUGCACAGCACUACCUGGAGGGUGUGUGGAGAGUGUCGCGUGCCAGCAGGGCUCCUCUGCCCCAUCCUCCAAUGGGCUUGGCUGCUGAUGCAGAAAGUGACUAUGUGGCCAUGGGUGGCCCCACCUAUGACUCCGUCCCCAGACCUAAGUGCGUGGCCCACACCACCUCCACACAAACCAGCCACACCACCUCAGCCGCAGCCUCCUUCUUCAUCAGGGCCGCCCAGAAGCUCAGCCUGUCGUCCAAAAGGAAGAAGCCCCAGUCCACUCAGCUCCAGUCCCCCCCCGAGCCGGCCGAACCCCUGGUCUACACCGGCGGCUUCAGCGGAGCCCUGCAGCUGUCCCCUCCCGCCGUGCCGCCAUGCCUGCUCCGGGCCGGGUCAAAGGUCAAGGACACCCCAGGGAUGGGAAAGGUCAAGGUGAUGGUGCGGAUCUGCUCCACCCAGGGCUCCCACGACACGUCCGAGUCCAUGUCGUUCCUCAAGGUGGACGCCCGCAAGAAGCAGCUCACUCUCUGCGAAACGGCGUCUAGCAGCGCCGCCCAGAGACGCUCCUCGGCCUCCGCCCCCAAGAUGUUCGCUUUCGACGCCGUGUUUACCCAAGACACCUCCCAGGCUGAGGUGUGCUCAGGGACAGUGGCGGAGGUCAUCCAGUCUGUGGUGAACGGUGCAGACGGCUGCAUCUUCUGCUUCGGCCAUGCCAACCUGGGCAAGACCUACACUAUGAUUGGCCGGGACUGCUCCACCCAGAGCCUGGGCGCCGCCCCCACCGCCAUAUCCUGGCUCUUUAAGCUUAUCGAGGAGCGCAAGGAGAAGGCCGGCGCGCGUUUCUCGGUCCGUGUGUCUGCAGUGGAGAUCUCCGGCAGGGACGAGACGCUCACCGACCUGCUGGCGGACGUCUCCUCGGGCAGCCAGCAGGACGGCCAGUCCCCGGGGGUGUAUCUGCGCGAAGACCCCAUCUGUGGAUCGCAGCUCCAGAACCAGAGUGAGUUACGGGCGGCCACAGCAGAGCGGGCAGCCUACUUCCUGGACGCAGCCCUGGCUGCCCGGAGCACCAACAAGCCCCUCUGCCUGGAAGAGGAGAGGAGGAACUCCCACGUGCUCUUCACCCUCCACGUCUACCAGUACCGCAUGGAGAAGAGCGCCAAGGGAGGAAUGUCUGGUGGGCGUAGUCGCUUACACCUUCUAGAUCUGGGCAGCUGUGAGACAGACAUCAGUCGGACCCGAGAAGGAGGCGGAGGCCAGUGUUUGUCGCUGUCAGCCCUGGGGAACGUUAUCCUCGCCCUGGCUAAUGGGGCCAAGCACGUGCCCUAUAGGGAUAGCAAGCUCACCAUGUUGCUGAGGGAAUCGUUGGGCAACAUCAACUGCCGAACCACAAUGAUCGCUCACAUCUCUGACUCUCCGACCAAUUACAUGGAGACGCUCACCACCGUCCAGCUGGCCUCGCGUAUCCACCGCAUGAGGAAGAAGAAAUCCAAGUAUGCAUCCAGUUCCUCCGGUGGGGAGAGUUCCUGUGAAGAGGGGAAGGGCCGGCGGCCUCCGCACCUUCGAUCCUUUCACCCCCGGACUGUGGCUCUCGACCCAGACAUGCCCGCCAUGUUGUCCAGCGACCCUGAUUACUCAUCCAGCAGCGAGCACUCCUGCGACACAGUCAUCUACAUCGGACCUGGCGGGGCCGCCAUUUCAGACCGAGAACUCAGCGACAACGAGGGGCCGCCCGCGUGUGUUCCCAUAAUUCCCUCCCUGAACAAGAGGCGAGUCAAAGAUGCCCCACGGAAAGAUGGUGACCACUUGAAGUGUAAUACGUUUGCGGAGCUACAAGAAAGACUGGAGUGCAUAGAUGGCAGUGAAGGCCCAGGCGGCUUCACCGGGGAAGGGAAAGAAGCACAAGUAGGCCAACAAACUCUAAGUGGACCAACCAAACCUGCAGACGUGGCUGUCAAAGCCCCUUCCAAGAAGCCACCUGUCAGCUCAGCGACCACCAUCCCCCCUUCCUGUACAUCUGAGCCGGAACAAUCCAACAUUUCCUCAGAAAGGGGGAUCCCAGAGACUCACAAACGGACUAGUGCAGACGGGGAGAAGGUUCUAGUCGCUGCCAGUCAGGCCUGUGUGGUGACACCCAGGUCGUCGUCACAGGACUCCGAGCCUGUGGUUCGAGAGAAGGUCUACCUCAACAAAGGAUCUGCCCCCAAACCUUCUGCCUCUCCCUCCUUGCCAAGGCCCUCCAGGACACACAUCCAGAAUCCUGAGGCCAUUGACAGGGCACCUCCGGUGGGAAUGAGUCAGCAGGCUCUGAGGCAGGGACAACCUGCGGGCUCCCCUGUCAUGGAGAGAGCCCACCACAUGAGCAGGAGUCCCAUGGAGGUGAGUCAUCUGCGGGCAGCCCUGAGAGGCCGGUGCCUCGAAAGGGAUGUCUUACGGACCACUGUCACCCUCCAGCAGCCUGUGGAACUCAACGGAGAAGACGAACUUGUGUUCACCGUGGUGGAGGAGCUGCCUUUAGGCCUCGUGCCGGACAACGGGCGACCUUCUAGUAUAAUGAGCUUCAACAGUGACUGCUCCAUCCAGGCUGUGACCUCUGGCUCCCGUCCUGUUAGCAUUAUCAGCAGCAUCAAUGAUGAGUUUGACGCUUAUACAUCGCAGGAGGGGGUCUCCGGGGUGAGCUCUGAAGUGGUGUCUGCUUCCCUGGAUGAGUUAUUAGGCCAUCGUGGCAGCAGACAAUCCUCCAUUGGCUCCUGGCCUAGCGAAGCAAGCGUCUGUUCACUUGAAAGUGACGGAACACAUUCGACCGGGAGGCUCCUUCCGAAGGCGAAGUUGGCAGCGCCGGAGAACGUCUCUUUUUUAUCUUCGAGUAUGUUUCGCAGGGAGCCCUUCUUGCUGCACGGCGCUAAAAGCUCCCUAAAUGACAGUGGCGUCUACUUUUCUGAGCUGGACAGUGACCCUGCCACCCCAAGUAAACUUUCCUCAACUAAGUGCCCACCCUCCCCUGACCUAACCAAAGCAUCCCUCAAAGGUUCCAAACUGAGAGCCAAUACUCUGAACACUUCAGGCUCUUUUCAAAACCCCCACCAUGCCGUUCACUCCAGUCUUCCCAGGAAAACCAAGCCUACCUCAUCUGUCCUCCCAAGCUCCAGUAGACAGGAAGGCAGGCAAGAUGAGCUUUGGCUUCGAGGUAGCAGCCACUCCGACCACAGAGGGACUGAUUAUUCUUCUGCGAAUAAGCCACCCCGAAAUGGGAUGAGUGGCAUUCCUUCCAGGAGACCAGGUGGAAACAGCAACAGUGUACCUCGUCCGCCAAAGGCACAAGUGGCCUCAUCCGCUCAGAGGGUUGUUGACGGUUGUGAGAAGUCCAGCAGCAAAAAAGGAGACCCGCUUAUCAGGAUGCCUCAACUUAGACGAGGGGCCACCACUCUUGGCACAGUCUCGGUUCCUCACAGCUCCUCUGAUACAAAAUGGGGUCGGGAUAUCGCUGCAGGUACCGGUAGUUUGAGGUUUGCGUCUUUGGGAAAGAAGGCCAAUGGACAGAAAAGCAGUAUGCUUCCCAAGUCCGGAAGCAUCUCUCCUCCUGCUCCACCGGUUAGGAAGUCAAGUUUGGAUCAAAAGACCCGGAUAGUGUUAUCUCCAAGUGCCUUAAAGUCAAGCAGCGAUUCGUUGAAGUCUUCGUCACCGAAAACAUCCGUCUCCGAGGAGGAAUUUGACAUGCGGCUUUGCGGGGAUUCCUUUAGUUACAAAACAUCCAGUUUAAAAUAUGACCAUGGCUCCAUUAGGAUGGCUUCAAGUUUGAAAACACGAAGUGCCAAAGGUGAUUCUGGAAAGUACUAUGGUAGCCUCAUGUCCUUGGAGAGAUCUGAUAGUUUGACUUCCGUUGGGUCUAGGCCUGUGCUGUCAAGAGAGAACAGCGGCACCAGCUUGGGAAGCAAUGGAAAAACAAACCGUUCAGUUCCCAGACUUGGAGUUCCCCCUUCCGUCUCCACGCCGGCCACCUCCCCACCUCCUCAAGCGGCUUUUGCGUCCGCAAGCAAAUUGGGGCAGCUCAAGUCGAGCGCCAACCCCCGUGCCACGAUCGCAAACGCAUCAAAGGCUCGAACGCUGGCUGCCAGCAGUUCAAAGACCAUGAGCUCCUCCAUGAAAUCCCUCGACGCCUCAAACCCACACAAUGCUAGCCUCCCUCCGACUGGCAAACCCCCAGCUCGCUCCGUGGCAGGGAACAACGGCAAGCCUGGAAGAGGCAUGAUCAUGGGCACCAAGCAGGCCAUCCGGGCCGCCAACAGCCGGGUCAGCGAACUCGCCGCCGGAAGCCCGAGGAAAAACCCGAGCAAAGAUCCGGAGGCCCCGGCAAGCGACGACCAAGGUGGCGGGAGCUGCGUCGGAGGGUCGUCGGCGAGCGCGCCGCUGCCGUCGCCCUACAGCAAGAUCACAGCGCCUCGGAGGCCCCAGCGCUACAGCAGCGGGCACGGCAGCGACAACAGCAGCGUGCUCAGCGGGGAGCUGCCUCCCGCCAUGGGCCGCACCGCCCUGUUCUACCACAGCGGGGGCAGCAGCGGUUACGAGAGCAUGAUCCGCGACAGCGAGACCACGGGGAGCGCCUCCUCGGCGCACGACUCCAUGAGUGAAAGCGGAGUGUCCUCGUCCAAUAGGAGCCGGGUGUCCAAGUCGCCCAAAAAGAGGGGCAACGGGCUGCAGCGCCGUCGGCUGAUCCCAGCCCCCCUGCCAGACACCUCCUCUCUGGGGAGGAAGGCCGGCGUGCCUGGCCAGUGGGUGGACCUGCCCCCCUUGGGUGGCACCCUCAAGGAGCCGUUCGAGAUCAAGGUGUACGAGAUCGAUGACGUGGAGAGGCUGCAGAGGAGGAGAGAGGGCCUCGCGGGGACGGAGCCUUUCCAGGAUGUGGAAAAGGGCCUGCAGUAUUUCAACGCCAGACUGAGGAUGCUGGAAAAGAGGCAGCAACAGACCAGAGAGCUGAGGGCCAAGCAUGACAGGCUGAAGGGGGAACUUGAGGACGCCAAAUGCAGGCUGAUGUUGGACCCGGGAAAGUGGAGUGGAGAGUUUGACGUGGACCAGGAUCUAGACAAGGAGUCUCAGGAGUACCUGGAGGCUCUGGCACAGGCCACAGGAGAGCUGGAGUACUGUGUCAACCUAUGCAAGUCCCGCGUCAUGAUGGAGACCUGCUUCGACAUCCUGGUGCCUGCAGCCGCUGUGGCCCAAGGGGGGCCCCAGGAAGUCGAAGUGUGAGACGGCCAGUAGGAAGUGAGAUGGAGAACGUGUGAAAGUCGGCGUUAAAAAGAUGGGUGAAAAAACAAGAAGACGGAUGAGUUGUUUGCAGAGGGAAAAACGAAGUCGAGCGAGUGAGGGACUAGGAGGAUUGAGUCAUCGGAGGGUAGGAGCAACGGAGGAGGGGACUAAAGAGAAAUCCAUGCUUGCGUAGGUUUUUUAUCUUGAAGGGAGGUUUGCCACUGCAUAGAGAACAAUGUGUCCAAGUGCAUUCUAGAAAGCCGUGGUUAGAUCAGAGUACAAUGAAAGUGUAACUUUGGAUAGGCUACUAACUCUCUUGCUCUCCUGUGAGAGGAGAGAUAGUUGGAACUGAGGACGACCGAAGAUCUUCAUUAUCGUCACCAGGGUGUGCCUUUAUCUGACUGAUUCCAAGGGAAUAUCAUUUUUUUUCUGAUCGGUGCUAGUCUGAAACCCACUUAUCUGAGAAAACUCAAAAAACGUAUUCCUUAUGAGAAAGAAAAUGUAUUUUGUAUGAUAUUAUAUUGUAUAGUGUAUUUAUAUGAUAAUAAAGUAUGUACAAAGUAUCGUUUUAGGUAUGGAAAAGAAACCAUGAAUAAAAGGGAAGACAAGAAAUAAGUUGAUUGUUAUUGCAUACCCCAAACUUUGCCUUUCUUCGUGUUUUCAAGUGUUUCACAGCCUUGUCUGACGAUAGUUUGUAAGCAAAAAGUCUUUGUUUGGUUACGUUACACAUUUCGACCCUUUCUGAAAAGUUAGAAAUGGAAUGAGCCUGUCAGCUUCGAUUCUGUCCGGGAACUUACAAGCUCAGUUGCAGUCAAUUGAGCAGAAACAUUACAAGCCGUACAGAAUGGCACCCUGUCUCUUUUAGUUACCCACUGGACCCUCCAGUUCAGCCCACAGAAAAUGAAGCUUUUUCCGGAGGUCUUAGAUGACGUCUGUGAUGCAGCGAUUGGCGUUAGUGAUUGCAAGUCGUUAAUCAGACCGUGUGCCAGCUGGCACUCAGGAUCUGAAAGAGGACUUAUUUAAAGUUCUGUUGUACGACGGUAAAGAGUACCCACACAACCUUCUGUGGCAAGUAACCAUUUAGAAAAUAAUAUUACAGUAUAGCUCACAGUGAAAACCUAGCCUGAAUCUAUAUGGUUCUGAACAUACUCACACAUUGCCUGCUCUGUAGUUUAUUUGGGAUGGACGUUGAUAUUACUGGAAACACAAAUACAAGUACGUAAUUAGGGCUAAACCAAAAGCCUUCUUCACGUGGCUAAGAGAACCAAGCACAAAUUCUAUCUGUUACAGUAGGAAGAGUCGCCACUGAUGAGAGAAUCGGCUUUGACUAUGCACUCUAAUCCUGUCACCAAUGAGUGUGUCCUACAAGUACUGUACUCGUGCAAAGAUAUUCAUUCAGUAUUAUAUAGACUGUAUAGGUCAAAUGUUCUGCACCUUUAUUUAAGAGUUUGGUGUUGAAACAGGCUCAGUGCUGACCCUUCUAUAAGCCUCGAGAAAUUGCUCCGUUUGAGAAUCACGUCAAAUGACUUUAGGUACAGUGUUGUUUUUGUCAAAGAACAGAUAGAUUUUUUUUCUCCUGUGGUUUAUCAAGGUUUCCAACCAUUACCUCUUUGCGUUAUUUUAUAGGCAACAUAUCUUUCUCUUGCAACACACAUGACCUCUGUUAAGGGGUUAAAACAAUUUUUUCUAACUUUUUAUUAUUGUUCUUUCCUGCAACUGAGGCGCUCUCAGGCCCUUCUUCAUGUUGCUGCAUGAGAUCAUUGUUACCUUUUCUUUUGUAAUAUGCAUAAUUAUUAUUUUUUAAGCUGGUCUGUGGAUCGACCAGGAACGUAAAAGUGUUUGCCAAACCAGUACAUUUUGAAGAGGUCUUGAUCUACUAAUGUAAUAUUUUAAUAUAUAAACCUUUUUAUUGUCUUUGCUUUUAUAAUGUACAGUUUUCUAAUAUUUGUAAAAAAAUACAAAAAAAUCUGAUAAAUAAUUCAAAUAUACAGUUUGUGGAUUUGCAUUGCCUCAUGUUAAUAAAGGAUGUGAAUCCUAUUCUUUAUAUCACUAUGGA